CACACUCCCCCACACACACAAAAAAAACCAAAAAAAAAAAAAAAAAUUCUGAACGUAAGCUCAUAGAAAGGGGUGAGAUUUUUCUCAUCCUUGAUAAAUCCCAACACCUAAUUCUCAUAAUUUUAGGCGGCCAAAGAGAGAGAUAGAGGGACAGACGCAUUGGGCUUCUAUUUUGUUUAUUUGAAGAACCAGGAUUCUCGCUGCUUACUAUAUAUGUAACUAUCAAUCUCUACCCAGAUUCUGCGGAGGAGCUUUGAGUCUUCUCGUUGUCUUAGAGGGACAAUAGUUGCUGAAGGUCUUUUGUUCGAUGGGAAAACUUGUUCUUAAGCUGUCAAAAGGUAAUUUCUAUGUAUCUGGAGUAGAAUUUCUUACGAGGAAAUAAGCCAUAAAGGAGUUUGGUUUUUGGAGAAAUGGUUUAAGUAGUAUUGGGAAGAAAUCUGCUUUGGUUAUUUUUGGAUUUGAUGGGUAAAGAGAAUCAGUUGGAGACUACUGAUUGUGGAGCCAGUGAUCACGAUUCUCCACCUAUCAAGAACGAAGAACAUGAGGCACCACGUUACAGCUCAGACAAAGACACGGGUUUACCAACAUGCCGUGUGUGCCAAUGUGCAGAAUCCGAUAGAAGAGGAGAUGCUGCUUUAGGGUUUUUGGGUAUUACUCCUCCGGUUUCAGAACCUCGUAGAAGCAGUGUGGGCGAAGAAACCGUUGAUCAGAAAAGCUCUGUUGUCAAAUCUAGCGGAUUCAUCGAGCUAAUAAGUCCGGACGGAGAAGUUUUCGUAUGUGCAAAUGAUGAUAUAGAGAUGGGAGCGUGGCAGCAUCGAGAUACGUUGCUAGAACUCGGAUGUUCUUGCAAGAACGAUCUUGCUUUGGUACACUACGCUUGCGCAUUGAAAUGGUUUGUCAACCACGGAUCAACGGUUUGCGAGAUCUGUGGAAAUGUCGCGGUGAAUAUAAGAACAGUUGAUUAUAACAAAGUGGUUAUCUCCUUGAAAGAUUACACAGCGCUAAGAGAAAGAACAGCCGAUGGUGAUCCGAACCCUGUAGCUGUUAACAACAACACGAGUUCUUCAGGGAUAGAUCCUGAUGCGGUUGCAGCCAUUCGAAGGCAACGGCUUAGUGAGAUUUCGUUAUGGUUUGGUCCACAUUGCCCAAACAACAACAAUAGUGGUAACUCCACUGGUCCAGGGGCGGUUUCUGAACAACCUUUGGGUAUAGUAAGCUUUGAUAUCUUGCCUAUGGAGAGCCGUGCCACGAAAUGGGCUGUAGAAGGUACAGGGAUACUACUUGCUACCGGAUUACUCACUGUUACUUUGGCUUGGCUCAUUGCUCCUCGUGUCGGAAAGAGAACUGCAAAGAGUGGACUGCACAUACUCCUGGGUGGCCUCUGUGCUUUAACAGUAGUCAUCUUCUUCAGAUUUGUAGUGCUGACUAGAAUCAGGUACGGACCAGCACGUUACUGGGCAAUCUUGUUCGUCUUCUGGUUUCUUGUGUUUGGCAUUUGGGCUUCACGUUCCCACGCUUCUUCUCACUCUUCCACUUGAACAUUCUUCUUCACCCUCACUCUCCUUGUUGUGUUACUCUUUUUUUUUUUUUUUUGACUGUAUCUGUCUUUGUCAAUAUCGUUUACAUAAAAAAUGUACAAUUAAUAUCUCCCAUCAAAAAAGAAAAGGCUGAGUAUCUCUUCAACU